CCGACAUAUCGACAUUAUCAUUCUCGAUGUACCCUGGGUAGAUACAAUGUGGACUUUCUCGAGACUGCUGUCCGCAUGGAAGUCAGCCGAGCUUUCGUUGUGUGUAGCAGGCGGUGGAGCCCUUAUUUACAAGGCCAUCUUAUCUCAAUACGGAGGAACCAAGGCGGAACCGCAAACUCCGAAAUUCUUUUCGGAUAACGAUACGAGCACUGAUGACGCAUAUGAAGGUCAAUGUCUUCAUCGCCAGCUAUACCAACCCUGCGGACCCUAUCCGAAUUGGGAUUACAAUUGGGAUGGUCGCAUGCGGGAUGAUUCUACGUUGGAAUAUCUCUCUACCGAACAAGGAUUGAAACGUUCCAAGUCUGCCGGCAAAACGCGACGCCGUCAAGCCGAGCUAACCGGACGACGGCUGAGCUCACUGGCUGCAGGUGGACUCCGUGGCGCCGAAACACGCUUUACCAGGCCAUGCUCUUUCAAAGCGAUACACCAGUCGGAUAUGACGCGAGCAAAAGAAACUGCUGCGAUAAUAGCAUCCUAUUUACCUCAAGCUCGCUUGAGGAAACCCGAUCCGGCGUUGAACGAAGCUCUCCCCUGCCCCAUGAUUCCUAUACGUCCCGAUGUCCCCGACGCCGAGAAGGAAAUCGACGACAAUCACGUGCGUAUCGAGACUGCUUUUCGCAAUUACAUCCACAGAGCCGAUCCUGAUGAUCUUGGUGAUCCCAUUGAGCACGAAUUUGAAGUUUUUGUUGGUCACGGGAAUAUUAUUCGGCUUGCCGGUACGUUGAAGGAUUUGCCCUGCCUGUCCUUAUCGAUGUUGACGGAUUGGGCUCAUCACUUAAAAUAUGAAAGGGCACUUCAACUUCCUCCAAAAGCUUGGCUGAGGCUGAGCAUCUUCAACUGUUCGACAACAUACAUUGUGAUACAUCCCAAUGGUUAUUGCUCAGUUCGAAUGCUGGGAGACAUUGGACACUUGAGCUAUGAUGACACGACCUUCUCCGGAAACCACGGAUUCAACUGGUAAAGUGAGUUACUGUUCUUGUCGUACGUUGAGGCUGAACGAUCUAGAAGAAAGUAAGGGAAUGCUAGCUAUUGCGUCAGAGCUUUACCAGAGGUUUCGGCGCACGUAACUGGCUUCGGUAGUAUUCUCGAUAA